UUAACAUGUUCCUGUAUCUUUAAAUGGUAACCAGCACAAGACUGUAACAGCUCCUUACUGUAAACGGUGGUACUUUAGAAACUUUACUCAUAUGGUCUUCUUUCACUUUCUGUUACUUAAGAGACCCUGUGUAAAAACAUUUGGAGUGUCUGGAGGCAGUUCGUGAGAGUAAGUCACAUAAUGGCUGAAGAAACUUUGGGUGGUAAAACUGAGGACUCAGAGGAAGAGACAUGUUGUUCUGGGGACCAAACAGAUGCGAAGCCUGAUCGUAAAGCAAGAUUUCUGCUCUUUGGAAGCAAGAAGACCAAGGAUGAAAAGUUGCGGGAACAGGAUUCUGAGCAGCGCUACAGGAUCAUUUCUCCAGAGUGUCAAUAUAAGAUGAACUAUCAGCGAGUAGGAAAAUGUAUCAUCAUUAACAAUAAGAACUUUCAUCAAGAGACAGGGAUGAAUGUACGCAAUGGCACAGAUCGAGAUGCAGGAGAACUGCUCAAAUGCUUUAAAAACCUUGGUUUUGACGUUGUCAUCUACAACGACCAGACCUGUGAAAAAAUGCAGGGGAUACUGAAAAAUGUGUCAGAAGAAGAUCACACCGACAGCUCCUGCUUUGCCUGCAUAUUGCUAAGCCAUGGAGAGGAGGGCAUGAUAUAUGGAACGGACAGGGCCAUGCCCAUCAAGGACAUAACCUCCCUUUUCAGAGGAGAUAUGUGCAAGAGCCUUGUGGGCAAACCAAAGCUUUUCUUCAUCCAGGCCUGUCGAGGUUCAGAGUUUGAUGACGGUAUACAGACGGACUCAGGAACACCUCAUGACACUGUAGAAACAGAUGCGAGCCCCAGACACAAAAUCCCAGUGGAGGCAGACUUCUUAUUUGCAUACUCCACUGUUCCAGGUUACUACUCAUGGAGGAAUCCAGGCCAGGGUUCUUGGUUUGUCCAAGCUCUUUGUAACGUCCUGAAUGAGUCCGGCAAGCAACUGGAAAUCUUGCAGAUCCUCACACGUGUCAACUACAUGGUGGCAACCAACUUUGUGUCCUGGUCUGAAGAUCCACGCUUCAGUGAGAAGAAGCAGAUUCCUUGUGUUGUCUCUAUGCUGACCAAAGAGCUUUAUUUUAACUGAUAACCAUAUAUGACCUCAGAGAUUCUUUAUGGUCUUUGAUUUCCUUUUAUUUUACACUUCUUUUUUUCUUCAGUUUUAUGUAUGUUGACAGCCCACAUUUUCACAUCACAGUCAAAGCUGGCGUGUAAUGACUGACUGACUGACAGGAUGUGACCAAAUGGUCUCAAUAUUCAGGGAUGAUCCAGACACAGCUACAAUUAGUGUUGUUUGUGAGGGAAAGCAGAUUAUUUCUGACUAUAUUCUGGACACGUAAUAGAUAGUUAGUGCUGUUAGUGCUGAUUAUUUAUCUCUUCUAUUUAUUCCAUGGAACAUUAAUAUCACUGUUCUUUGUCCACUGGCCGUUUGAAAUAUUCAUGUUAGGAUUUAUGGCAUUUUAGGUAAGAACCUGUAGCCUAUAGAAGCGUUAAAAAUGUUUGGGUUUUUUUUUGUAAUGUCACUGUUUCCGUUUUCUGCUUUUGUUCUGUUUUAUAUAGAGACAGAUAUGUUCACAACCCAAAGGCACCUCUUGUAGUGAAGAACUUGUAGAAAUAACAACUGAAUUUUAUCCAUUAUAAUUACCACUGUGAAAACACAUAUAACUGGCUGGUGAAUCAGGGGAAUGCGGUGGUUAAUGGUUGGAGCUGGAUCAAUAAAUUGUUGUAUAUAAUUAGUUUAUUAUUAUUGACUUGUAUUACUACCUUAAAAAACAUUUUUGUCCUUACUAUUCUUGAAUGACCCCAUUGAAAGAAAUUGAACUUCACUGGCUUCUACAACUAUCUCUUUUCAAAAAACCUACUACCCUACACACUGCAGCUUCAUAGUACUUGCUGUCUGUAUAUGGUUCACAUUUGGAAUUACUUCCUUCAUUAGUUAUCCUACCAGCAAGAGAAAGGGGAAGUUCCUUAUUUAUGAUGAUGAUGAUGCUUGCUGUACAAACACCAGUAUUUUUUGUAUUGCUCGUCAUCCUAACUUUGAUCAUUGCGGUCUAUUUAUUUUUAUUUGUUUUAUUACACAUUAUCAAAUGGUUGUGUGAAAUUUUUUUUUGGACUUUUGAGAAAGUGUGGUCUAUAAUUUACACCAAUGCUAUAAACCUAAAGCACAAAAGACAAUAUACUGAAUUUUUGUUUAUUUGAGGUGGGCUUCAACAUCAUCAGUGGGUUUGUAGUGAGUUCAAACAUUUAAAUGACAAACUAUUAUUUUUCACACUACUUUUAAUUAAGUUUUAUCCUAGAAUUCCUAUUUGUGAAUAAAAACAAAUUUGCAUUAAUCUGCACACACACACACACACACACACACACACACACACACAUACACCCAAAAAAAAAAGAAAAAAAAAAGCAACACACGUAUUGUAUGAAAGUUAUGAUUUUGAUUUUCAUAUUAUGUUCCGUUCGCUUAUUAUCUACAGAGGCAGCUACUGUAGCGUUAGCUUUAAUAAACUG